AUGUCAACGCAAUUUCUUUCAAAAUUAAGUCAAAAUUAUAUUGAAUUAUUAGGAGAUAAUGAAUACUAUGAUGUUACAAUUGAAGUUGGUGAAGAUCCUAAUGUAAAAAUCCUUCGUGCACAUAUAAAUAUUUUGUGCUAUCGUUCUCCAUAUUUACGACGAAUUUUAGCUUCCAGUAAAAAAAAUAAGGAUAAUGUUCUAGCUCAUAUUAAGUUACCAAACAUAUCACCUGAAGUCUUCCAAAUUAUUUUAAAGUAUAUUUAUGGUGGUAUUCUUUCAUUAAAUGAUCAUGAUACUUCAGAAAUUUUCAAAAUUUUAUUGGCUGCGGAUGAGCUGCUUCUUCAGGAACCAGUUGACUAUUUACAAAAGUAUUUAAUUGGAAAUAAAUCCGAAUGGAUGGAACAAAAUUUUGAACUUAUUCAUCGAACAAGCUUUCAAUCAAAUUCUUUAUUACAACUUCAACAAUUUUGUACAAAUUUUAUGGCAAAAUCUCCAGAGAAAAUAUUUAAAUCACUUGAUUUCACUUCGCUUCCGGAACAAUCUUUAGUUCAACUCAUUAAAAGAAAUGAUUUGCAAAUGAAAGAAAUUGAAGUUUGGGAACAUGUGUUAAAAUGGGGUCUCGCACGCAAUCCUACACUUCUUUCAGAUCCUAAUAAUUGGUCAGAAAAUGAUUUUAAAACAAUGGAAAAUACUUUACAGCAAUUAUUAUCUUUAAUUAGAUUUUUUAGUUUAUCAUCCAAAGAAUUCUUAGAAAAAGUUCAUCCUUUUAAAAAUCUUUUAAGACGUCAACUUUAUGAAGAUUUAUUGAAAUCUCAUUUGGACCCUAUUAGCGACCCGAAUAACAGCAUUUUACCUCCUAGGAAAAUUGGAAUUGAGAAAAUAAUUGAUACAAAGAUUGUUAAUUUAGAAAUCGCUUCAACUAUUUCGAAAUGGAUUGACAAAACAGCUAUUGUUGUUAAUAGCAAAUUUGAUCAUUUAAGAGAAUUAUAUUUACCAUAUAAAUUUCAAUUAUUAUUAAGAGGAAGCCGAGAUGGAUUUACACCCAAAAAAUUUCAUGAAUUAUGUGAUAAUAUAUCUCACACUGUUACAUUUAUUAAAGUAAAGGGAACGGAAGAAAUUCUCGGUGGAUAUAAUCCGAUAAUAUGGAAUUCUAAUGGUGGUUGGGGUAAAACUAAAGAUAGCUUUAUUUUUUCCUUCAAAAAUAAUAACGUUAAAGAUGCAAUAAUUAGUAAUGUUACUAAUGAUCUCGCAAUAAAUUAUUGGAAUAUACAUGGACCAUUUUUUGGUGAUGAUAUUAUUAUAUAUGCUUCUGGUGGUGAAAACACAGAUUACGAUUGCAUUUGGUGUAAAAAGAAUCAAUAUGAAAAAAGGAUAAGAGAUACCGAAGAUAGAUUUUCUAUGGAUGAUUAUGAACCAAAUGACAAAAAUCAAAAUUAUAUUGAAUUAUUGGAAGAUAAUGAAUACUAUGACGUUACAAUUGAAGUUGGUGAGGAUCCUAAUGUAAAAAUCCUUCGUGCACAUAUAAAUAUUUUAUGUUACCGUUCUCCAUAUUUACGACGAACCUUGGCUUCUAGUAAAAAAAAUAAAGAUAAUGUUCUAGCUCAUAUUAAGUUACCAAAUAUAUCACCUGAAGUCUUCCAAGUUAUUUUAAAAUAUAUUUAUGGUGGUAUUUUCCCAUUGAACGACCAUGAUAAUUCAGAAAUUUUUAAAAUUUUAUUAGCUGCUGAUGAACUGCUUCUUCAAGAACUGGUCGAUUAUUUACAAACAUAUUUGAUUGAAAAUAAAUCCGAAUGGCUGGAACAACAUUUUGAAUUAGUUCAUCGAAAAAGCUUUCAAUCCAAUUCUUUAAUAAAACUUCAACAAUUUUGUACAGAUUUUAUGGCAAACUCUCCAGAGAAAAUAUUUAAUUCACUUGAUUUCACUUCGCUUCCCGAAAAUUCUUUAGUUCAACUUAUUAAAAGAGACGAUUUACAAAUGAAAGAAGUUGAAGUUUGGGAGCAUGUAAUAAAAUGGGGUCUUGCGCAAAAUCCUACACUUCUUCCAGAUACUGAUACUUGGUCAAAUGAAGAUUUCAAAAUAAUGGAGAAUACUUUAAAACAUUGUUUGCCCUUGGUUAGAUUUUUUAGUUUAUCAUCCAAAAAUUUUUUACAAAAAGUUCGUCCUUAUAAAAACCUUUUAGAACGUCAACUUUACGAAAACUUAUUAAAUUCUCAUUUGGAUCCUGAUAGUGAACCAAUUGACAAUAUUUCACUUCCUAGAAAUAUAAAAAUUGAUGGAAUCAUUGACUCAAAAAUUAUUAAUAACUUGAAUAUUAUUUCAGUAGUUUCAAGACGGAUUGCUAAAAUGGUUAUUAAUAAUAAAUUUGAUCACUUAAGAGAAUUGCAUUUACCCUAUAAAUUUCAAUUAUUAUUAAGAGGAAGUCGAGAUGGAUUUACACCUAAAAAAUUUCAUGAAUUAUGUGAUGAUAGACCUCACACUGUUACAUUUAUUAAAGUAAAGGGAACGAAAGAAAUUCUUGGUGGAUAUAAUCCGAUAAUAUGGAAAUCUUCUGAUGGUUGGGGUAAAACUAAAGAUAGUUUUAUUUUUUCCUUCAAAAAUAAUGAUGUCAAAGAUGUAACUAUUAGUAAUAUAGAAAAUGCAGAUUAUGCAAUAUAUUAUUAUUAUAGAAAUGGUCCGCGUUUUGGUGAUGAUAUUAUCAUGCAUGCUUCUGGUGGGAAUUACACAGAUUACGAUGAAAUUCGUUGUAAAAAGAAGUAUUAUGAAAAAAAGAUAAGAAAUACCGAGAAUUAUUUUUCCAUAGAUGAUUAUGAAGUAUUUCAAAUAGUAAAGAAAUAA